UUAUAAAUUCAGUUUAUUUCAUUAUUCAGCUUUUAUACCUUGAAUAAAAUAUGUACAUACAUCAACUAUUUUCUGUGUUUGUAAUCGUAUCAACAAUACAAUGCCUGCUCGCAUUCCCGGCAAAUUCAGCCUGUCAUUCUAAUCAAGACGGGCAAGUACCUGAGUCAGUUUACGAUGUCCUGUUUUCAAACGUAAAAAACAACGAAGAGAAACGACAACACUGGACGACAGGUAUAGGCCCCGGUGGAAAAAGAUCGUUCAACGGCUUAGAAGAGGAUGAUGACACGGUGGUUUCAAAUUUAAACAAAAAGAAACUUGGCUAUUUGAUAUGGCUGACAAUUUUGCGAAAAAAUCCUUACAAUCCUGACUUGAUGACUCGUCAACAUUGGACAAGCGGGUUAGCACCUGGUGGAAGAGCAGUUAUCGAUAAGAAGCAACAUUGGACAACUGGCUUAUCUCCAGGAGGAAAAAGAGAAUUUUAUCACCCUUACGAUUCUGAUGUAUCACGGAACAAUGAAAAAGAAAAGACAAACUCCGAAUACAUGAACAACUUUUACAAUCAGCUUCAGACUGACUUUGAGAAGUCGGACAACUGGAACGAACCAGUGAUGCGAGGAAUGAGCAAUGAUAUCGAGCAAGACUGGAUAUCCGAUGGUCUCUUGGGAGCACACGGUCACUAGAUUCCGAAAACGAUAAUGCCGUUCUUUUGCCAACGUUUCAGCGUAACGAUGCUGCAGGAUCGAUAGUAUCUAGUCGCCAGGCUAAUCCAGAGGAAUUAGCGAUUCUUGAGUAAUCACAACGAAAGCAGCCAAUUUCGAUAAUAAUUUUCAGCCGUGCAUCAACGUAUAUAUAUUUUUUGCAAAAAAGUAUUAUGUUGUUUAUGUGUAAAUAUUGCUUUUGACGAGUUCAAUAAAAUAUUGUGAGAAAUGAG